AUGACUACCAAACAGAAACGCAUCCAACUAACGCCAUCCGAAAUCCCAAAUUCACCCAACUUUGACAUCAAGGAUUCAUCUUUCUUUACCAAAUGGAGCCAUCUACCUUCGCCAGAAGAGGUUCGAGCACAGGCCAAAGCCCAGCAUCUCACAAGAAUCAAUCCAGAUGAGAGAAAAGCAUACUCAAUGGAUGGACUUCAUGUGAGACCGCCGUCUGUGCUGUUUGAAAACAUGGGCCUACUGGUCAAAUGGGGAACUGAUACGCGACUAUCAGAGACACAGUGUCUGUAUGCCAUUGGUAGAUUUAUUGGGGAUAGUGUACCGGUUCCUGAAAUGUAUGGGUGGCGCACGGAUGGGGAUGAGCGGUUUAUUUACAUGGAACAUGUGCAAGGGCAGAAUGCAGUUUGCCGCGAACUCCAAGCGAGUUUGGAGAAACUACGCCAAGUUGAACAGGAUCCCCUAGACCCGUUUAUAGGCAACAUUUCCUGGGCCCCCCUUUACGAUAGAGCCUUCAACAUAAACUACAUGUCCGAAGCAGGACCAUUCACCACAGUCCUCGAUUUCCAUAAUUGGUUCACAUUCCUCCACCGGAGAAGGAUGACCGAUCCCUAUUCCGUCCCUAUCGAACCAUUUCGCCAUCAACUACCGGAUGACAGUGCCAUUGUGUUUACGCAUAAUGAUUUCUACCAAAGUAACAUUAUUGUAACGGCGCCUCGACCAUAUCGUCUUCUGGCAAUUGUUGAUUGGGAACAGUCUGGCUGGCUUCCGGCUUACUGGGAGGCUCGCAAGGCGCUGUGGAGUGUUGGUCGGGAGGAAGAGUGGUCCACAAAGUAUUUGCCGAUGAUAUUGGAGCUAUAUAGUAGCACUUGGGAGCCGUGGGAUUACUAUACUCUGGCUAUGGAGUGUUAG